CGCCAUUGGCGGGCGCCGAGCACUCCCAUUGGCCACACGGCUCAUUGGCAGGCGGGGCGGUGUCGGCGGCGGGGAUUGGCGGAAGCGCUCGGUGACGUAGCGGCUCCGUACGGGACGUUUUCAUCAAUGGUCUGCUAAUUCAGAAGGUGGUGCGCCUGGUGGGAGUGCAGACACGACCCGCUGAGCCGCGCCUGGAGUGAGUGUCGCUGCUGGUGGUGGUGCUGAAGGGGAACGGGAGGAGCUGAUGCCCUCGGCGCCUGCUGGUGGUCCAGAGUGCUGCGUGGCCAUGCGCCGUCAUGCCUUCUCUUGAUGGUGACGCUACGGCAGGCUACAGCGGCGCAGGCAACAUGAGUGCGGUGAACGUGGCGCCGGCGGUGGAGGCCAGCUUCCUGUGCGAGGCGCUGAGGCAGGCGCGCGGCCCCGAUGAUAUCUUGGUGCUAGAUUGUCGUGGUGCCGACGACUAUGGUGCGUGCCACAUCCGCAGCGCCCUCAGCGUGGGGCUGCCUUCCCUCAUGCUGCGGCGGCUCACCUCGGGCAAGCUCAGCCUCCACCAGGUGGUGAGGCACCUGGCCGCUGACGGCGGCGACCGCCUCGCCCGUCUUCAUCAGUGUGUCCCCAUCGUGCUCUACGAUCACGCCCACGCCUCCUCCCCCAACACGCCAACCCUCAUGACCAUACUCUGCAAGAAAUUCAACCAAGAGGGCUGCGACGCGCACUGCCUGGCAGGCGGCUUCGAGGAGUUCCGGUCAAGGUUCCCGGAGUGGUGCGAGUCUUCCCUCCACGCUGAGCCUCCGAUCGUGGGCCUCAAAAGCCUGCGGAUAACGUGCUUGGAGGCGGAGGAGGAGGGGGUGGAGGGCGCCUGCGACUCCUCCCUCGGCCGAGACACGCCCCUCGACGACCUGGGCUUCCCUGUGGAGAUCCUGCCGCACCUUUACCUGGGCAACGCUCAAAACUCCGGCGAUCGGGACGCGCUGAACAGACACAAGAUCAGGUACAUCAUCAACGUCACGCCCAACCUGCCCAACGUGUUUGAUGAGUGCGGGAGCUUCAAGUACAUGAAGAUCCCCAUAGCCGACCACUGGAGUCAGAAUCUUGCCUCAUUCUUCCCCAAAGCCAUUCAGUUCAUUGACGAGGCCCGGGAGUCAGGCGUGGGCGUGUUGGUGCACUGUCUGGCCGGCAUCUCCCGUUCCGUCACCAUCACCGUCGCCUACCUCAUGUACAAGGAGAAGCUCAACCUCGAGGAAGCUUACGAGUACGUGCGCGUCAAGAAGGCCAACAUCGCGCCCAACUUCAACUUCAUGGGCCAGCUCCAGGACUUCCAGCAGCAGCUCAACCUGUCGCCGCACAAGUGUCAGUGUGUGGACACGUGCCGCUGCCGCCACCUCCACUUCCUCACCCCCGCCCGCACAUCCCCGGACUCUGGCAUCGAGUUUGAUCGGUUCUCCUGAGGACUGACCCCCGCUGCCUCCACGCCCGCCGGCGGCUUCCCCAGGCUGGCCAUCACCUCGCCCCAGCCGCCAUCCUCGCCGCCCGCGGGUCUGCAGGCAGUGGCUGCCGCUCCGCCCCCUUCGGCGAGCCCCUCCGUCGAGGAGCAAGAGCAGGAGGAGGAGGAGAGGGAGGGAGCCGCCACUCUUGACCCUCCUCACCAGUGACCUCGGUCGACACGGGCCACCCAUGUGCCAAAGGUGGAAUGGUGACCCGCCCCGCCCCGCCCUGCCGCCGCCCGGGGCCACCCACCUCCAGGCGGCGCCCCACCAGGCUCCAGGUACAAAUUUCUCGACGAGUGAUCUCGCUGUUGUUGUGGGCGGCCCAGGCAGGGAGGAGGCGCCACGCCGCUCACGAGAGUGUUUAUUUUUCAAGCCAGACUGUGAAGCGACGCGUGCGGUGGCCGGUGACAGGCGCGUGUGUAUGCGUGUGCGUGUGUGUGUGCGUGUUGAGGAGCCGCAGACUGUGUGUGUCCGGGACCAGCGGCGCGCCGGGCCAUCCUGACAAAAAGUUUAUAUUAUAACAAAAAAUAAAGAAAAAUACAUGUAAUAGAUCUCAAAAAUAAGUAUUUUCGUACCAGAUAAGAAGCCACGAGCAGGAGCCAUUGCACAGCCCGCCUUUAUUUUUCCGAAAGACUUCGCGAGACUGAGAGCGGCGGCGUGUUAUUUUCGGCGGCCGCCCGGCGUCACGGCGGCCGCGGGGAGGCGGUGAGUGUGCUGUGCUGUGCUGGGUCGCGCAACACGGCGAGCCACUCACACCGUUGUCGGCUUAACACAAAAUUACGUUAAACCUACACAUGUAACGUUACGAGGGACCUGCUACUGUUACUCGGGGUGGUGCGGAGUGAGUGACCUCCCACCCCACCCCCACCCACGCCCUCCACCCACACACGGAGCCCCACACCACCCUGCCCUGCCCCGCCCCGCCCACUGGUGAGCCUCGGGGCGCCUUACCCCCGGGCGAAGGACCCACAACAUUCGCACAACGUGAAGGGAUCGAAGUGUUGGUCUCUAAUAACAAGGUUUCUCACUCUGUACCAGUGUCGCCGCGUGAUCAAGUGCCUUGAACCAACCCUUGUUUACUAUCUCUCCGCGUCCCGCAAUUCAGGUCGAAGGAAGGAAAGGAUGAAGUGAAGAAGGAGAAGGAGAAAGGAAGAAGUGUAAAUAGUGAAAACAAACUGCAUGCGGACGUGGUAUAUAUAUAUUUUUUUCUUUUUUUUUUUACGUUUUCUCUUGUCUCUUUGUCAUUCAUUCACUUGGACGGAACAGACUAAGAACUGAAAGAAGAACAUCAUCAAUAAUCAAGCAAAGAAACAAACCAAUCCAGUGUGGUCGACGUGUUAAACUUAAGACAACUAGCCAACCAGUCACUAUUAUAUUAUUAUUAUUAUUAUUAUUAUUAUUAUUAUUAUUAUAUCCAUCUGUUAUUCCAUCCAUCCAUCCAUCCAGACCCUUAACCCGCCCACACGCCCGCCCUGUCCCCGCCCGCCCCCCUCGCCCCACGCCCACCACCACCACCACCCACUUUAAGUAAAACACAACAGUCUUACUUAGAUGUUGGACAGUUUGCACCGCGAGACGUUUUCUUUGCUAUCAUUUGAGUAAACAGGGCAAGACUCUCACUCCGAGUGCACGAGAGAGAGAGAGAGAGAGAGAGAGAGAGAGAGAGAGAGAGAGAGAGAGAGAGAGAACCUGCUCAUUUUGAUGUCAGUGUCGUAACAUUGUUUGACGGCGUUAGACAAGCAGACGUUUUCUUUCCCUUGAGAGUGACGUACGUAGCCCCGUUUUCAUUUAACAACUUUAUGCUGUUUAGCGCAGAGAGAAACGUGAACUCGAUGUUAAAACACCACUAGACGUUCGUGCUCAAGCUACAUAGAGUUACAUUUUCAUUUCCCCGUUCUCACCUCCCUGAUUUGCCCCCGCCUCCGAUGAUUUCUGUUCAGUGUUGUGGUAGCGAAGACGGUGCCGCGUAGAACAGGAAUUAGUCGUCUGGUGUAGCUGUUAGUGUGUGUCUGCGCUUCGAACUGAACGGACAUAGAACAAAAAAAAAAAAAACGUCGUGUGUAUUAAAAACCAUAGACUAUUACCAUUACCAGUACCACCUACGUCUUUAUUCGCAAUAGAGCGUGUGCGUCCACACACACACACACACACACACACACACACACACACACACACACACACAUACGGGAGAAAAAAAAAUAUUAGAAGUCGUACGGAUUUGUUUUGAUAUUCGGUCAGACUCGCUUGAAGGUGGCGGCUGCGGCGGCGGUGGCGGUGGUGGCGGCAACGUCAGAUUCUGAACGUAGUGCAUUUUGUAUACACCACACAAGACGCAUUUUUGCUACUACGCUGUCCUCUUUUUUAAACCACGAACCACUACCAGAAACGGCUGAGUGCUAGACAUGCUUAGUUCACUCUUAGAUCGGGUCCAGUGCUGGAAGCUGGGCCCUCGAAAAGCUACAUAAAGAGUAAUAAUACUAAUGAUAACAAAGCUGUUUAUACGACUAAGCAUUCUAACGUUUUUAUUUUUUUGGAAACAGACACAAUAGAGAAAAAAAUAAGGUGUAAAGGGAUUUCGUUUGUACUGCUGUUUGAAAUGCACUCCACUCCGCUCAUUUUAUAUACCAGGCUAGUUGGGUUUGGUCACGAGAGGGAAAAUUAACAGAACUGAAGGUGUGAUUUUCCCCCCAUCCAAGAACCAACCCAUUUUUGUACACAACUCUCCACCACACGAGACUCACACCCACACUAGACCGCUUCCAUUCCCCUGGCUCAACGUUGCCUCCUCCCUCGUCUUGGCAAUACCACAGGCUAUCUAGGCUUUCACUUGACACUUAGGGAGAAUAACCUUUGGCCAAAACACACACUAGUUAUAUUACGAUCACCCUCUGUCCCCCUCUUCUCUCGUCCUUCCUUUUAUUAUUGACCAAGUUAGAUGUUACACCGUAGCGCCUCUCAGCGUGGUGGAAGGGCUAUCAUAGGUUGUGUCUGUGUAGGUGACGGUACUACCAGCUGUCUGUGUACGUACGUGUGUGUUUUCUGUACUAGCUUCUCCUUGGCAGGCGUGCUCGAAAAGGCUAUAUAGGGAGCAAGGUCUGAUGGGUGUGAUGCCGAAGAAUUAUUGAGUCAAGCGUGUGUUGCUGUUUGUUGUUCUUGAGUGGAGGAGACGCCGAGUACAGGGACGAGGCUUCAGGGCGGGUGUUGUUUCCUUCCCGUGUGUUGUUCCUUCUUUUUAACGGAGGAAAGAGUUUGUAUUGCGGACGUCCGUAGCCAGGAAGUGACGGUCCUCGAGGGGGUUGACAACUACCAACGCUUACUGUUUAUUGUGCCUGUAGGAAUAUAAGACUAAAAAUAUCGAGAGCAAGUGGCUGAGCGAAGUCGAUAAUCAAGAACGCCAUCAAGGGCAGAGAGCGAAGGUGACCUAUGGACAGUUUUCGUGUUGAGUCUCAAAGGAACCAGAAGAUGCAGGAACAGGAGCAGCCUUUAGCCUAGCCGACGAGCCUCCCCGUACCCUCUUAUUGACCCCCCGAGGAACGAGUCUCCCUGGCCACGUCUUGCCUUGAAGCCUUGAAUCUGUGCCCGUGUGUCAAGGAGCUGAGCCGAGUCACAAAUCCGAGGACCGAGAUGAGCGUUGCUUUAGACCGUCUGAGAAACUUUCCACAGGACCGCUACUGGUUAAGCUCAAGCACAAAACUUACUUAUUUAUGUAUUUAUUUAUUUAUUAUUGUUCUGUUCGUCCCUUUUGGCCGGGUGAGUUAUUCUACCUGACUGUCCCUUAAUCGGGUGGGUGUCAGACACUGGACCAAGUACUGUGCCUGUCAGCCAACUGGUUAAUUGAUCAUUUCCAAGUGGGUUUACCGAUGUAGAGAUGCUGGUGAAUGUAAGAGUAAGAGGAGUCUUCUAUUUUGAACGGAACAAGAUUCUAGAGAAAUUAGUUUUUUGUAAUAGUAUCUACUGUUAAUGUUAUUGUUCUAUUUAACUAGGAAUAUCGUUAUAACUAUCUACAUAGUUAUUUAAUAUAAUUUUGGUUACUGUAUAACCAGUAUCAUUUAUACUUAAAAACUUCGGUCCUCCUUUUUUUAGUUUCUAAUGUAAUGCAAUAAACAAGACAAUUUUAGUUAUAUUUAUCCUUUCCCCUUUUUUUUCAGUAUAACCCUCGAAGUAUUCCCUCUGUUUCAUUCCAUUGUUUUGGGUUCUUUGUGUUUUGUCGUAGUUAUUUUUUCCUCUUUUUAGAAGUUUUUAAUUCUUAUUUCAUCUAAUUCCUUUUAUUCAAUUUUUAUUCCUUUUUGUACCUGAACUAAUAAUACCUUGAAAUAUUUUGCAUCUCAACAUUCAACUACCGAGAAAAGGCUCACCAGAAUUCCAUUUAUAAAUUCCUUAUAUUCUCCAACUUUAUUUGCCCCUCAGGGUUGUUCAUGAUUCCUAAAGCUGAUGUUAAUUAAAUGUAUUCUGUCUACAUUCUGCACCUUUCCUUUCAUAUUAAUACAUGCCACUUUGGUCCGCCGUGACGACUCAUUUCCAAUCGUUCGUUCCCUUAUGUCUCGUUUUCCUUCUCAAUGACUAGUUGGUUCUUUUAGACGUGCUCAAACCACUUCUCUGUCCCGAUCAUCGAUGACACUGUCGCACCUGUCCUCUGUUCUACCUCAAGGAUUUCUCUAGAACUUUAUUUAUCAGGUAAUUUAAUACAUACAUACAAUACAUAUAUAUAAAUAUAUAGUUUUCUUGGCUUUUUCUGUCUUGAUCAUUGUUGACUUCAGAAACAGUUUGUAUGAUGAAUUGUAACUCUCCUGCCGACAAGAUAAGAGAUGUUACUAUAUUUUCUGAUAAUAAAUGAUAUAAACUGUA